AUGGGUCCAAAGGCAUUUAUAAAUCUUUGUGAAAGAGUAAGAUCAACUGGUUUGGUUAAGGACGUCAUUCGGUCGACAGUGGAGCAACAAGUGGCUCAAUUCCUUCAUAUAAUUGGCCAUAAUGUUAAGAAUCGAAGUGUCGCAUUUUUCUUUCAUCGCUCGGGUUCGACGGUUAGCAGACACUUUCAUAAUGUGUUGGAUGCAGUUAUAAAUUUGGAAUCUAAAUUCCUAAUUCAACCCACAGGAAAUGAGGUUCAACCAUAUGUCUUGAACAACAAUCGGUUUUACCCGUACUUUAAGGAUUGUUUAGGGACCAUAGACGGUACUCAUGUUCGUGUAAAGGUGGCAAGAUUUGAUGCUCCGAGAUUUCGAGGAAGAAAAGAUUGGCCAACUCAAAAUGUGUUCGCCGCCUGUGAUUUUAACAUAAAAUUCACAUACGUUCUUGCUAGGUGGGAAGGGACUGCAUCAGAUUCAAGAAUUUUGAAAAAUGCUUUAGAUCGAGAUGAUCCGUUGGUUAUCCCCCAAGGAAAAUACUACCUGGGUGAUGCUGGAUUUAUGUUGAAAAGCACGNUUUUGACACCAUAUAGAGGCGUCAGAUAUCACCUUAAGGAAUAUACACGUAGAGGACCACAAAAUGCGCGCGAGUUGUUUAAUCAUCGACAUUCAUNGUUGAGAAAUGUAAUUGAAAGAAGUUUUGGUGUGUUGAAAAAACGAUUCCCUAUCAUUGGAAGUGGCACUGAACCACACUAUGAUUUGGAGACUAUGACAAAGAUUAUCUUAGCAUGUUGCAUCUUGCACAACUUCCUUCGUACCGUGGAUAAUGAGGACUCAUUACUUGAUGAAGUUGAUAAUGAGUUGAAUGAAAGACAAAAGCAUAAUGUGUCAUCGUCUCAACUUAGGGAAGAGGAUCAUAGGAUGGGUAGUAAUAUUAGGGAUGCCAUAGCAUAUCAAAUGUGGCGAGAUUAUCAGAACUCUUAG